GAAACAUCAUCGAAGUUCUGUUUAUGUACCUACUACCCAGUACCCACUUCCAAAUAUCUUGACAGUGCCAGUUUGAUCAUCUCUCCGCCAAACAAUGUGCAGUUUAGAGAAAAGUGGUGACAUUUUCAUUUUAACCUUAACCGGCGAUGACGAACACCGGCUAACUCCGACGCUAAUCGAAUCAAUCCGAAUCUCUCUUAAACAAGUUCGCAAAGAUGCAAAACCUGGUUCAGUUUUGAUCACAACAGCACAAGGCAAAUUCUUCUCAAACGGCUUCGAUUUGAAGUACGCUGCAGCUGCCGGAUCUGCCUCUGGUUCUUACGAUCGGCUUCGUGGGAUGUCAGACAGUUUCAAAUUUGUCGUCGCCGAUCUUUUCUCGCUUCCAAUGCCUACGGUAGCUGCUGUUUCUGGUCACGCUGCCGCAGCCGGAUUUCUUCUUGCGUUGAGCCAUGAUUAUGUAUUGAUGAGGAAAGAUAAAGGGUUUUUGUAUAUGAGUGAGUUGAAUAUUGGGCUAAAUUUUGCUGAUUAUUUCAUGGCUUUCUUGAAAUCAAAGAUUCCGUCUUCAAGGGUUCGAAGAGAUGUUUUGCUUCAAUCUAUGAAGAUUAGGGCAGAUAAGGCUGUGGAAAUGGGGCUUAUUGAUUUUGGUUAUGAUACUGUUGAAGAAACAAAAGAAGCUGCUUUGAAAUUGGCAGUGAAAUUGGGAUCUAACAAAUGGAAUGGUGAAGUUUAUGCUGAUAUUAGGAUGAAUUCAUUUCCUGAAAUUUGUGGAUUGUUAGGGUUUGUUGCCAAUUUCAAAUCAGGGUUUGUUGUUGAUCUCAAAUCUGUUGUAUCAUCUAAGUCUAAGCUCUGAAUUAAUGUCCAAUUGCCAUAGUUGCCCGGUGUAACUAUAUUGACAAAGUAAUAAAUGAUAAAAAGGAUUUUAUUCACAUACCAA